AUGGCGCGGUGGUGCGCGCUGACGCAGCAAGGAACAGUCUGGCUUCUCGUGUUUCUGUUACCUUUAGCAUGGACCACACCAGGACCGUGCGAAGUAGAGACUGGCCAGUCCAGUAUUAUCGUGGACAUAGAAGAAAGCAGAGGUGACCAUGUUAACCAAAGCACAGUACCGGCAGUGCUGCCAAUAGUCGGCGAACCAGAUGUUGAUGUGGUGCUGUCCACAGUAUUCCCGAAAGGUCCUACGCUGUUUCAGCUGGACGGGAAGCGAUUGCAGCUUCUCCAACCGCUUGAUAGAGAUGCUGACAAUCUAUCGCAUAUGGUGUUUCAGCUUGUUUGUCAAGUAAAAGCAACAAAGAAGCGACGGACGAUUCCGGUGAUAGUACGCGUGUCAGAUAUCAACGACAACGCGCCUGUGUUUCAGAAUACGCCGUACGAGGCCAACGUGUCUGAGCUGGUACCAAUCGGUACGACUAUAUUUGAAGGAAUCCGAGCAGUUGAUAUAGACGCUGGCGUCAACGGUCUCUCAGAAUAUUUUAUUAUACCAGGAGAUAAUAAGACUUUAGAAAAAACUAACGCUGUCGAUGGCUACGGAUAUUUUACCAUACCGUUGCCGCAUCAAGGUGUGGUUACUGUAAACAGAACCUUGGACUACGAGCGCACGAAGCUAUAUCUAGUCACUAUUGUUGCUUCUGAUCGCGCGCGCGAUACCAAACGCCGCCUGUCCAGUACCACGACAAUGAAGAUAAAUGUUCUCGAUGACGACGAUCAGGACCCUUCAUUUAUUUACCAGGGCUGCACAUUACAUGAGGGCGUUUGCAUCAACCCAGAAUAUACCAGCUAUGUUAACAGCGGUGUUUUAGCUGGAAUCCUGACAAUAGAGCCUGAGAAAAUCCAGGCAGUGGACAUGGACACGUUGGAUGCGAGAAUACAAUAUAGUAUCGAAAGUGGCGAACCGGAUUCGUGGUCAACUUAUUUUGCUAUAGACCAGAACACUGGAGCUGUAAGACAAUUGUUGCCUGUCGAUACAACUGUUGCGAAGAAAUUUCAACUUGUUAUAAAGGCCGAAGAAGCAACGGAAGUGCAUCGCUACACGACUGCGAAGCUGACGAUAACUGUUCGUCCCGUGGACGCUAGUCCACCGGUAGUAAGCGCUUCAUCAGAGGAGGGGCAAGUCGAAGAAAAUUCACCAAAAGGCACGAAAGUUUUGGAUGCUAAUGGGCACCCGAUUAAAUUAACGGUUUCCGAUCCCGAUUUGGGACCUGGCGAUCCAGUUCCGAAAUAUACAUUCGAAUUGACGACAAGUUAUUUCGACAUAGACUCGGAGGGCCACCUCAUUGUGAGCGACGACCAUUUGGAUCGAGACCAACCCAACUCAGGCAAAUUUAGAUUCCAAGUUGUCGCCCGCGAAGCUAACGGCGGCGCAGCUUCAGCUCCACUUUCAUUGGCCGUGCAACUAUUGGACGUGAACGAUAAUGCGCCGAUCAUACCAAAGACCCAGCCUAUAACUGUUCCUGCUAGUUUAGAGCCCACUGCUGUUUACAAGGUUGAAGCGACUGAUAUCGACGAAGGGGAAAACGCCCGCAUUAUCUACAGCAUUUACCACGUUUCGAACAACGGCGGGAAUAAGUUCACCAUUGAUCCCAACACGGGAAUUAUUUCAAGCACCGGGCGAUUACAGGCUGGCGAGCAGUACAGCGUAACUAUACGCGCGAUGGAUGCGAAAGGGUUGAGUUCCCAGGGAAUUGUGGAACUAAUGGUUGCGCCGGGACCGAACACGAGACCGCCGCAGUUCUCCGCGCGGGAUUACUACGCGCCAGUGUCAGAAGGCGCUGCUAUCAACUCUACCGUUACAACUGUUACGGCUAAGGACCCAGAAAACGAACAAGUGACAUAUUCAAUAGUGUCAGGGAAUGACCUCCGACAGUUCGCCAUUGGUUCGAACACGGGAAUUAUUACUGUGAUCAGAAGCCUUGACAGAGAAGUGCUCACCCGAUACCAACUAAUGGUUAAAGCCGAAGACCCAGGCAAACUGUCAAGCACCGUAACAGUCAAUAUUAAAGUUACGGACAUCAAUGACAACAACCCAAAGUUUGAUGAAGAUUCGUACAAGUUCCAAGUCAAAGAAGGUAUAUCUGGUGAAGUUGUGGGCUACGUUCACGCGACUGAUAAUGACGAAGGAGUCAACGCUGUGGUCAGCUACAGCAUGCCUUCCAACUUACCGUUCUCCAUAGACAACGCCACGGGAAUGAUCAGCACUAACACCGAACUCGACUAUGAGGAUAUAAAGCAUUACGCGUUCGUAGUAACGGCGACAGAUGGCGCUAUUGACAAGAGGCUGGGCACUGCUUCAGUGACUGUUCAAGUGCAGGAUGUUCCCGACGAAGCACCAAUCUUCGCACAGCCUUUAUAUUCUGUACACGUUCCCGAAAACGCCAAUAACUAUCCCGUGGUCCAAGUCCAUGCCGAAGACCCAGAUACUAUGCCAGAAAUCACCUACACUAUAAUCAAAGGAGACAUGGAGCUGUUCUCUAUAGACCGAAAGAAUGGAAUGAUAAGAACUGUGAGACAGUUGGAUAGAGAGACGAGCGCCCGGCAUGAAAUUAUUGUAGGCACCGAGGAAAAUAACCAAGACGAACCCGGAGCAACGACUACAGUCGAGAUUAUAGUUGAUGAUAAAAAUGACAAUGCACCAAUAUUUACGUCGGCGAUACGUCCCGUAACAGUAGAGGAUUCUUCCUCUAUAGGAAACUUGGUACAGACAGUGGUUGCGUUAGACGCAGAUGCUACAUCGCCUAACAACAAAGUGCGGUACAAGCUUGUGGGGAGGGGCAAGGCGUCCAUUUACUUCCAUGUGGAGCCCGACACGGGAGCGGUGCGCGUGCGUGACGAUUUGAGGAAGGAGACCGACAGCGAGUAUACCGUGGAUGUACAAGCUUAUGAUCAAGGCGAUCCGGUGAUGUCUUCUGUGUUAAGUUUAACUAUUUACGUGAGCCACUCCGCUACCGUGCCCCCUGACGUUGGGCUUGGCUUUGCAGAUACGCUUUAUACCGAGCACGUGGCGGAAAAUUCUAGAAACGGCACUCUAGUGAGAAUACUACCACUGUUGAAUAAGAGAGAACAUUCUCCCGACACACCGCUUAAGUGUCGGUUGACUGAUUCGUCACAAAAAGGUGUGUUUUACGUAAAGCUAACCGAUGAAAGAGAUUGCGCUAUAUAUCUCAACACAAGUUCCUUAGACUACGAAACCCUUGCGGAAUAUUCAUUGGAAGUCCAAUUAGAGUCGAUACAGGGCCUGAUAAACCCGGAAGCCAGUAAAGCUGUUAUUAAAGUCCACGUGACCGAUGCGAACGAUAACGCCCCAGUUUUCGUUUUCCCCGAACAAUCGACCAUUUCCAAUGCUAAGGGGAAAUAUUUCGCUAUAGCUACCAAGGAAAUGCUAUUGGGAACUAAUGUGUUGCAAGUGAAGGCUAAAGAUAAAGACAGCGGUGAUUACGGCAAAAUCGAAUACCAAAAGAAUUCAUGGACUAAAGCCGCCGAAGAAUACUUCAGCUUAGACCCGGAUACUGGUGUCAUCACGAAUAUUAAGACUUUCGAGAACGUUCCUCAGGAAGUGCUACCUUUUAAAUUUAUGGUGACAGCAAGAGACAACCCUAACUCGUCACAAGAUUAUAAUGUUGCCAGAGCGUCUGUUGUGAUAAAUCUUCUACAAAAGGACAAUCAGUUAGUGGUUGAAGUAGCAGAUCUAAACGCUGAGGCUUUACGGCGACGUGCGCGUAGCUUACUUGCAGCCAUAGAGGAGAAGAGUGGUCUUGUUGCCGGCUUGGAGAAGCUGACUGCGAGACAUUAUCUAGGAGAGAAUGGCACAUUGGAAAGUGAUCCCAAGGGAACAGACAUCUGGUUGUACUUGGUUGAUCCUAAUACGGGGGAGAUAUUAACCAGAGAGUCUGAAGCUGUUAAAAAGUAA